AUGCUGCCGACCUGGGCCUUCAUUGUCUUCUAUUCCUAUGGUAUUCCGUUGCUGUCGGUGUACUCGUUGAUUGCAUACACACUACUGACCAAGCGGAGGGAGUUUCCGACAACUUUUUAUCGAUUGGUGGCUAUUUUUGCGAUCCAGGUGGGUGUUAAUGAACUUGGAAUAUAAAUCUUUGUGUGUUCAGAAUAUUUUUCGUGAUAAAACCCGUUGAAAUGCUCCGAAAUACAUAAAAAACGGCUGUAAAUUGAACGCAAUGCACCCUACAGUACCUACAAAAAAUUUGGUUUAAAGCUCUCUUGCAAUGUGCUAUUUAGACGACGGAUUUUCUGAAACUUUUCCGCGGCAAGAGCCUUUGCAAAGCCCAAAAUUUUUUGACAUUCUCAACAGAGUGCCCUAGUCAUAUACAGCUGUUUUUUACACUACUAGCAUGUCUUACACGGGUGUCAUCGUGACGCAUUUUCUGGACAUACAGAGAUGUUGUUCUCAUCAUCAAGCCAUGUAAAAUCAAACCAUUGAUUUGUAGGACAUAAUCGGUUACAUCAAUGCUCAACUCUGCAUCCGCGGCGCCCUCAGUAUGUUCGUACAUACCCAUUUCUUUGCCUCGUUGGAGACGCGCCACCAAUGGUUCCCGGUGUUCUUUAUUUUUACUCGAUUCGCCACCGAAUUGUAUGGAGAACUCGGGACAGUGAUCUUGGCGACCUAUCGUAUCAGCGCUAUGGUGUUCCCGCUGACACACAAUCAAUUAUGGAGCACGUCAAUCCAAAAUAGAAGAAAAAAUUUCCCGCCCCUUUUUUGGUGAUUCGUUCAAAAUCCGAUAAAACGCAUUUUCUUAUCUUUCUUCUUCCUUUUCGAGAAAAAAACAAUUAUUUCGGGCGAGAAAAAGUGCCGAUAAUUUCGCGACAUUUCGUCUCUCUUUUAAACCAAUGAAAACGGUACGAAGUUUCGAAACGGUUCAGGAAAUGCGCUGGAUUGACGUGUGGAGGAAAUAUCUGCCAGUUCUGCUCGCUUUUCAUUUUGCCGCUCCGUUUUGCUUGUACAGCUUUAUUUUCUGGAACAACGGGACUAUUGAAUGCGCCUACAAGAAUGGACAGGUGGAGGGUUGCAUGCUCAACUAUGACCACACAGUCUUGUUGUUUGGAUUUGUAAGGACUUGUUUUAAUUGCCAGUAUAACUACUUCUUACGGCGUGAGAAACCAAAUGUCCAAAAAAUUUUAUUUUUUGUCCCACCGAAAAAGAAAAUGCAAAAAUGCAACCAGUAAAAUAACUAUGUACUAAGCAUUUAGAAUGCCAGUUUUUUCCGUUGUUAGCGCAGAAUUGGCUUUGUUUCCCACGCCUUAAAAGAAACUUUGCUGCCCUUUGCAGCACCUCAAACUUGCCCAAUUUUAGCUUUACAUAAUCCACAUCAAUCAAUUUUUAUUUCUGGUAAUACCCAUCAUAUCCGCCUUGCUUAACCUCAUCGCCUUGGUGUUGCUCUAUUCAAGAAAGAGACUUCUCAAAUCACAAAGAACAUGGAAGCAUGAGAUCAAUCUGUCGUUGAAUACGGCAGCUACAUUCAUUAGCCACGUGGGCUAUGGACUUAUUACGGUAAGUAUAGGGGAAAGCUACCUUAGCAAAAGAAAAUAUAAGCUACUUCCCUUGUGGUGCAAUAUGGGCCCCCUUGACCUCAUAUAAAUUAAUUCUCAGGGUCCCCAAUUACAUAACAUCCAGAAGAUACCAUCUUUCUUUCAGCAACGAAUUCUCCUCCCGUACACGAAACUGGACUUGGGCUUCGUUACCUUUGUUCUGGGCUGUGUUAUCCCGCUGAUUCAAGACGCCUCAAUCUUCAUUAUGGUGACCUCUCUCCUAAUCGCAUCCGAGCGCCUACGCAGUGAAGUCCUCAAGAUAUUUGUCAAACCGUGGAUGAUCGCAUCAUGGGGCUCCAAAUUCUCUAGCACUCUAUCCCCACAGCUUGGCACUGUGUUCAAUGCGAGGUCAUAG